AUGUUAUCCGGAUUUAAUCAAAGUAGUCUUAGUCAUUCGCCAAUUAACAUGUCAUUAUUUGCGGCACUGAUGCCGAAAUCUUCAGCAAGUAUUACCACAACAACUCCAGGACCGAUUCCGCUGGAAAAUCGGCCACUGAUCAUGACUACAUUCAUAUCUCUCUAUGUUCUAAUAUUCUUCUUCGGUAUUACUGGAAAUGCACUCGUCAUUCUUGUCGUCUGCCGAAAUAAAGCCAUGCAAACGGUAACCAAUGUCUUUAUUACAAAUUUAGCUCUUUCGGAUAUUUUGAUGUGCUGUUUAGCAGUACCAUUCACUCCUAUAUCAGCCUACGGCAAUACUUGGCAUCUUGGCAAAGUUUUGUGUCAUCUUGUGCCCAUGUCGUUGGGAAUCUCAGUCUAUGUUUCAACACUAACAUCAUUAGCUAUCGCCGUCGAUCGCUAUUUUGUUAUCGUUCAUCCAUUCCGUUCACGAAUGCGCUUAGGUGUAUGUAUAUUAUUGAUUAUUGUUAUUUGGAUUGUUGGCAUCUCGAUAUCAUUACCAUUGGCAAUCUAUAUGCGGUUUGAUAAUGGUAAAUGUGAAGAAUAUUGGCCUCAGUAUACAUCUCGACGUUUCUUUAAUUUUUCAUCUUUAAUCUUGCAAUAUUUAAUCCCAUUCUCAGUGAUUUCAUUCAGCUAUUACAAAGUUUGGGUUGCACUUGCACGUCGUUCGUUACCCGGUCGUACUCGUUUACGCGAGGAGGUGGAAAUUUGUCGGAAAAAACGAACAAAUCGUAUGUUAAUUGCUAUGGUUGUUAUCUUUGCACUAUGUUGGUUACCAUUAAAUAUUGUUCAUAUGGUUGCUGAAUUUCGUCGUCCAACACUAAAUCAUUACAAAGUACUUUUUCUCAGUACACAUGUUAUCGCCAUGUCAUCGACAGUUUACAAUCCGUUCUUGUAUUCAUGGUUAAACGACAAUUUUCGCAAAGAAUUUCAACAAAUAGUACCAUGUUUGUUUAAAAUAUGCUGGUGUUUAAGUCGCCGUCGAGCGAAUCAUCCUUCAACACAGUUGACUAACAUCGCUGAUGGUGAAUUUUAUGAUCGGCCAUCGUCGUAUCAAAUGCCCGUUGAAUCUACCAUUGCCACAUAUACUCAAACGUAUUCUCACGUGAAAAAUUCUUCCUCAAAUGGAAAACUAAACGGUGUCCCAAUGAAAAAACUCGCCAACCAGGAAGCAAGUCUUCUCGCCAAUGCGGAUGAUACAUCUGUACAUUUGAACUCUCAACAAGAAACAUUAUUUAUGUCAACACAUCCGACAUCAAAUCAUACUUGA